UCUAAACCUGGAACAGCCGCAGCCCUUCACACUGGCUUCCUCGAAACAAUUUACAGAGUUACCAGGAAAAACUCAGUUGCAUAAGACAGGCUCCAGAUAAUUGCUGCAAGUGUUAAUAAACCUGUUGCUGGGAGAGAGCACGGAGCUUUACGCACGGAUACAGCAUUUCAUGCGUCUUUUGACCAUUUUUUUUACUUCUUCGCUGAACUGCUGCGAAGCAACAAGUUGAGAUGUUCCCUCUGCCGAUGUUCACACCGGACCAGGUGGCUCGGGUGUGCGAGAACCUGGAGGAGACCGGGGAUAUUGAGCGCCUCGGUCGGUUCCUCUGGUCCUUGCCCGCCGCUGUCCCUGGCUCCGCCGGGGAAGCGCUCAACCGACACGAGUCCAUAAUGCGAGCGAGAGCACUGGUCGCAUUUCACGGGGGGAACUUUGAGGCUCUUUACCAAAUCCUCCAGAGCCACCGUUUUACGCGCGAGUCUCACGCCAAACUGCAAGACCUGUGGCUGGACGCGCACUACCGAGAGGCGGAGAGGCUCCGAGGGAGACCUCUGGGCCCAGUGGAGAAGUACCGAAUCCGCAAGAAGUUUCCACUGCCCCGCACCAUCUGGGACGGCGAGCAGAAGACGCACUGCUUUAAGGAAAGAACUCGCAGUUUGCUACGAGAGUGGUAUCUCCAAGAUCCGUAUCCCAACCCGUCCAGGAAACGCCACCUGGCCCAGGCCACGGGACUCACACCUACGCAAGUCGGUAACUGGUUCAAGAACCGCCGGCAAAGAGACAGAGCAGCUUCAGCAAAGAACAGGCUGCAGCAGGAUCCUUCCCUCCUGCCUUCUGAAACCUCUCCUGAUGGCUCCCUCCAGGAACGCCACCAUCACCCCCACCUGCUGCCCGCCUCCCCUCGCCACCUGGGCAGCCCCGAGGCCAGCGACUGCAGCACAGAGCCCGAGCGCAGGGGAACGGGAGCCUCCACCCCAGAGAUCUCCGUCAGCAGCGACAGCGAGUUUGAGUCUUGAGAUGAUGGACUCCUUUCACAGAUGGACAGACUCUUAAAAGUAUCUGUGUUCAGACCCAGACAUACUUAUAAAGACACUUUCAAUGUGGCUGUGGACACAUCAGGAGUGUUCUCAGUGGGAGGAGGGCAAGGAUGAGGCCACUUGUUGUGGAUGUGAGUGGACAAAGUAAAGAUAUGCACUUAAAAAAAGCACCAUGGCACAUGACCCUGACUGUUAUGUAUUAGUUUUUUGUGACUCAGUGGUGAAAAAAGUUAAACAUCUAUUUGAGAUAAAAAAAAAAAAAACAACAACAAAAAAACAGUUGAGUUUUAAACUCUCAGGUAAAGUAUUUGUAGAAAUCAUGUCUGUGGUCUUUAGAAGAUGUGACUAUUAAUAUUUUAAAGUUAAAUACUAUUUUGGUAGAGAUCAUUUUCUCAGUUUUGAAUGGAAGCUACAUACAUUUGUCUGGGAAUUGUGAAGACAAAAUGAACAAGGCCUUGUGUAGGCUGUUACCGUAUGUGACUAUGUUACCAUGCACAUUGUUUAAUUUGAUUAUCUUCAGAUUAGGGCCAUACACAAACAGUGGAAAUGCCCUUGAAUUGGUAGCAUAGUACUCAUUGUUAUCAUUUUAGCAGUGAGGAAAAAUUACACUCCAAAAAUGUCCACUUACCAACUGUGGUGCAUUUACUGAUGAUAAAGUUGAAACAAAUAAAUUCAAAUUAAAAACAGCGAGCAUAACUGUCCAAAAUCUGUCUUGCAGUGCUGGAAUGUGCAUGUUAUCAUAGGGACGUACCAAAUUCAACACAUUUCACUGCCUUAAAAAGGAACUAAGGGCAUCACUGUUUUGCAAUGCAAUAACAAGCAACACAUUCAGAGAGACUUAACUGUAGCUCAUGAGCCACGCACACGUGCUGCUUAAAACACAAACCAUUUUGUUGGGGGCUGUUUCAACUGUUCGCUUCUCUUGUGGUUACUGCUGGUCUGCUGAAAAUGCUCCUGAGCUGCUCUGAUGAUGAUGAUGAUGAUGAAUCCCUGCAGGAGCUGACGCAGAGGUGAAAGAGAGAGUAAAACACGCUCAUCGGUCUUAACUCAAUGUGCCUAUUACAUCUGAGAACAGUGAGACCUAAUCAGACAUGAGACUGUCCUCAUGACGACACACUCAAAAGGCUUACUGUUUGCUGUCUUUCUUACAACCAUCAUUUCUCAUAACGUAUUUCUGUGUUUCAAUGAUAAAUGUGCAUUUUGUAAUGUUUUGUGUAAAUAAAUGAACCUAUUUUUAUCCAAAGUGA